GAGAGAGAGAGAGAGAGAGAGUGUGUGUGUGUGUGUGUGUGUGUGCGUGCGUGUGCGUGUUUCGUUGUGUUUCCUUAUUUGUUUUCCAUGUAAUUGAUAUUAAGGUCACCCGAAUUCCACACUGGCAAUGUGAAAUCCUGGUUGAGCAGAUGGAAAUCCGUGCAUCUGUAUUCGGAUAUAGCUGCCUACAUUUCAGGAGAAUAUUACUCAUUGGUGUACCGUUACGUUUGGGAAUUUGAAAUUAACAAUUUUGUUAAGACUGGAAUAAUUUGAGAGCAGUCCUAAAAAUUGCUUAACUAACAAGAUAUUUUUUCUUUUAUAGAACAGAAAAGAUUUUCAAGACUUUUGACAUCUUGGUUAGAGUCCCCCAAACACAAACUAAUCCAAGAGUUCAUACUCUCGAGGAGAAUGAUAACAGUAGGUGAUGCAAUACAAUUUUACAGGCUACAAUGACAUAAUUUACUUCAGUAUUAUGUUUCUCAAAUGGCUCCAUUGAAGUACAUACUUAGAGUGGGAGAAUAUUGAAUUGAUAAGAAACCACUGAAGGUUCAGUCACCUUUGUUGGGACAAACUAAUUCACAUAAACAGUCCACACAUUGCACUCGUUCAUUAUUUAAUCGCAAUCUGUCACCACGGGGAUUGCAUCUGCCUGACGUAAUUGGUUUGUAAAUAAUUUUAAAACAGCUAUUUUUAAAUCUGUUAAAAUGUGUCCCUCUGGAGUCGCUAAAUGGUAUUAAAAACCGUAGGCUUGGGCUGCCUUUACAUUUCAUUCCAAGAGAUCGCCUGUAGCACAGUGGGGACAGAUCACUGGACAGAGAAAAUGCCUGCAUUGUUCAAUAGGUACAGAAGUGUGGAGAAAAUACUGUACGUGUUCAUCGCCGUCAUUGGAGUUCCUGUGAAUGUAGUGGCGAUUGUGAUCCUGUCUCGGGAAAGUGCGGCCUCUCUACCUGCACCACUCGCUACCUGGUUGCCAUGGCAGCGGCUGAUCUACUGACCAUUGUCACCGCGGUCAUUUUGUGGCGAAUCAAAUCCUAUUACUUCCCGUGGAGUUUUCUGGACAUCACCCCUGUGUGCAGUGUUAUCGAUGUACUGAGAUGCACAGCCACAAACUGUUCUGUCUGGUUCACCGUCGCUUUCACCUUUGACCGGUUUGUCGCCAUUUGCUGCCAGAAGCUGAAAACAAAAUAUUGCACCGGGAAAACUGCAGCUGUGGUUCUAACAACAAUCGGCGCACUAUUCUGUCUGAAAAAUGUUCCCCGAUACUUCACACGGCAACCCAGGGUGAUCAUCGACAAUGUACCGUGGUUCUGUAAAGUGAUGGACAGUUAUUUCACUGACCCCGGGUGGGUAGCAUAUGACUGGCUCGAUACGGUUUUUGUUCCGUUCCUCCCUUUCGCUGGGAUCCUGCUGCUCAACGCUCUGACAGUCAGACACAUUUUAGUGGCCAGUCGGGUCCGAAAGGGGCUGAAGGGACAGGGCAAGGGGGGGAACCGCAGUGACCCGGAGAUGGAGAGCAGGAGGAGGUCUGUGGUUUUACUCUUCACCAUCUCCGGCAGCUUCAUCCUCCUGUGGGUGACACUGGUUGUAAAUAUCAUAUAUUAUCAGGUCUCAGGGAAAGGAUUCAGUUUCAAUGAUUCUGAAUGGAUCUUUAUCUACGUCGGGGGUUUGCUGAGUGAUUUCAACUGCUGCACCAACACGUUUAUUUACGCGGUGACUCAGUCAAAAUUCAGGGAACAGAUAAUUAGGUCGGUGAAAUAUUCUGUCCCCUCGGUGGUUCAUUAUAUUAAUAAAGCUGCGUCCUGAGCACAAGCCGGACGCGGCCACAAUUUCUCCAGUCCGGAGGCCAACUCCUCACAUUCACCGCCUGAUCUCGCAGUUGUUAUUCCGGGGCCGACUGUCCCAUUGACCAGUAGGUCUGGGACAUUAGGAUAGUGUGUUUCUGAGGAGGGGCAAAGCACUGUCCUGGACUCGCCAGAUGUCAGUCAACGAACUACUCUGAAAUGCCAGCCAUCCAUUCGUCUGGGAAUAUGUCCAUCUACUCCUAUUCCCACCCACCAACCUCACAGACCGACUUUCCCACAAGACAGCUGGUGUUCUAGUCUGAUGCUGGUAGGAUAAUCAAAUGUCAAGCACACCAGUUUCCGCCUUCCGCUUGAAUGAUUGGCUAACGUGGGCGGGUAAAUAGGGCGGGUUUUGGAUACAUGGUUGGUACUCCAAAUUAAUGCACGUUCCCGCCACUAACUGGACUGGAAUAUGGUGUAGAGGAUUGGGAAAUAAAACCCUUGCUGCUUCUUUGUUCUAAUGAAAACUGAAUUACACUCCAAAAAUCCUACAGAUUGUACCCACGUGAAGCCCAAUAGAGAGAAUCAAAUUAAACUCAUUCCCACGACUGAAAUGAAAGA